AUGCCGUAUCUGACCCUUCUCUUGCUAGCCCUGUCGGGCUGCCACUACGCCAAGUCCCAAACAGAGUGCCAAGAUCCCGUCUACUGCCAAGGACGGCUCUUAGACACCAUCCAAACGGCCGGGAUUUACAACGACUCGAAACAGUUCGUCGACAUGGUGCAGAAGAACUCCCAAAACGUCACGCUGGCCAAUUUCGCGGCGUUGGUAGCGCGGACGGGCGCCCGGCCGUCGAAGGAGGACCUCGAGCAAUUCGUCCAAGAGAACUUCGAUUCGGAGGGCGAGCUCGAGCCGUGGACGCCCCCGGAUCUCAACGACAACCCGGCGUUCUUGAACAGGAUUAAAGACGGCGACGUUCGAUCGUUCGCCAAGGCCUUAAUUAAAAUCUGGCCCACCUUAGGCAGGAGAGUCAAAGAGUACGUUAACAAAGAACAGGACCGGCAUUCGAUUAUUCCUCUGCCGAACGGGUUCAUUAUACCCGGGGGUCGGUUCUCCGAAGCGUAUUACUGGGAUACCUACUGGAUAAUUAAAGGUUUGCUCCUGGGAGAGAUGACUGAAACAGUCCGUGGGAUUUUGGAAAAUUUCGUGUCGCUCAUACAGAGAUUCGGUUUUAUUCCCAACGGGAGUAGGGUGUAUUACUUGAACAGAUCCCAACCGCCACUGUUCGCUCCGAUGGUGAAACUUUACAUUGACAGCACGAAAAAUAUCACUUGGCUAAAGAAAAACAUCCAAUUUAUCGAGCAGGAGAUAGAGUGGUGGUUAGAAAACAGGACGGUUAAAAUAAGAAAGUGCGGAAAAACGUACAAGCUGGCUCAAUUUAGAGUGCAAAGUGGAAUUCCUAGAGCCGAAUCUUAUAGAGAAGACGUUGAAACUUGCAAACCUUUUGAAAAUUCAGAAAAGGAAAGGUGCUACAACGAAAUCAAAGCCGCAGCGGAAUCAGGCUGGGAUUUUUCCUCCAGGUGGCUAUUCAACCAAAACGGUUCAAUCAGCACGAAUUUAACCACCAUCAGAACCAGUGAAUUAGCUCAAGUCGACCUUAACGCAUUCCUCUGCCUCGCCAUUAAAGACCUCUCAAACUUCUACCAAUUAAUUGGCGACAAGAAAAAAUCAUCCGAAUGGGCCGCCGUAGGGGAAACCUGGACCCAAGCCAUAGAAGCCGUUUUAUACAACAAGCAAGACGCCAUGUGGUACGAUUGGGACAUUCACCGCAAACAGCACAGGAAAGCCUUCUACCCCAGCAACUUUGCCCCUCUCUGGGCCGACGUAAUAGACCCAUCGCAGAAAGAAACCUACGGCAAAAACGCCGUGAAAUACUUGAACAAAAAUAAAAUCACCCAAUACUUGGGCGGCAUACCCACGUCUCUGCUGAAAAGCGGGCAGCAAUGGGACUGUCCCAACGCUUGGCCUCCCCUGCAAGACCUCGUCGUGCGAGGAUUGAGAAAUACCGGAAAUAGCGAGGCAAUUAAACUUUCAAAAACUCUCGCCACUAACGUUGUAAAAGCGUACAUGAUAGGCUAUGACAAAACCGAAGAGAUGUUCGAAAAAUACGAUGCAGUUAAAGUUGGAGAGUACGGAGGUGGAGGAGAGUACGUGGUGCAGACCGGUUUCGGUUGGACCAACGGAAUAGCACUUGAAUUUAUAAAUAGUUAUUUCACAUCAUAAACGUAG